AUGUCAUGGCGUCUGUGGGGCUGAAGCUGGAGCUGCAAUUAAGCUAGCUAAAAGCUGUCGACAGUGUGUAAAUCGAAAUGGAGAAAAAUGCAAAUCUGCAUCGAGAUGUUGGAGGAAGUACUCUAUGUGCUACUAUUGCAGGAGAAAUGGGCGAUAUUAAAACAGUUGGCGGAAUGAAGGGAGUGACCGAUACGUGCAAGAAUAGUGAGCGUUCUCUCAGUACUUUGGGUAGUUGUACUACUAGCUCCAGUAGUGCUCCUAGCACUGCUAGUAAUGCAAUCUCCAGUGUUGAGAAAUUAGAUAUGCCAGAAAUGUUUCUCCCGGUGCAAGAGAAUAACAUUCAAUCGAGUGGUUGGUCGGAGACAUUGUCCUCUGGAUCUGGAGAUCAUUUGAGUAACGGGAUGGGAAAUAGCUCGCAGCUGGCUACAGGAAAUAGCGAGGGUGCCACCUCAAAGUUAGUAAACAACAAAACGGAUGGCGAGCCCUCCUCGAUGGGGGAAUCGGGGGCAAGGAUUACAGAUGAUCAAGCUGAGGUUUCUGUUUGUGCGUCAGUUGAACCAGUGAAGCUGGCAAAACCGACACACCUAUGUCCGGACAAAACAAAUACGGGAAACGUCAAAUGUGGAGUUGCGAUUGACAAUACCAUAUGCGAGGGUUUGCCGAGUGGGAGUGACCCGUGCAUCGCGGCAGAAUCUAGGAGCAUCGACUCACUUGAGUCCUUCUCAAACCUCAACUCCUGUCCCAGUUUCGAUCUCAACAGUGACGGGUUGGAGGACAGGGGGCUGGCCCUAACACUACAGAGCGAGUAUGGGGCUGAUGGAACUAAGAUCCCGUGCACCAAGGACCGGGGCGCUGGCCAGUCCAUAUACCACAUCAAGUGGAUCAAGUGGAAGGAGGAAAACACACCUAUCAUUACCCAGAACGAGAACGGCCCAUGCCCAUUGCUGGCAAUUAUGAAUGUCCUAUUGCUGGCAUGGAAGGUGAAGAUGCCACCAAUGAUGGAGAUCAUAACUGCUGAACAGUUGAUGGAAUAUCUUGGAGACUACAUCCUCGAUGCCAAGCCGAAAGAGAUCUCUGAGGCCCAGCGGCUAAACUAUGAGCAG